AUGACAGUUGGAAGAAUUAAGCUAUUCAGCGAUCGAUUUAAUACCAAUUUUCAAAUCUAUAACCCUAAAGACAGUCAUUUUCAACCAAGAUAUUAUGUAUACAUAGACUUAGAUUGGGUUUUUUACUUACACAAAGAACAUUUCUGUUUGAUAAGAAGAAAUAAUAAAGCUUUGGGUAUUAAAGAAAUAGAAGAAAACUAUAAUGAAAAUGUGUGGAGAACCUGCAGAGAUGAUGAUGCAGUAUUAUGUUUUGCUCAGUUAAAACUAAAUGUGAUGUCACAACCCCAUGAUGGGUGUUUAUUUGCUUGGGAUUGUGAAACAGAUUGUGAAGAGGGGGCUAAUAAAGCAUUUCCUUAUUGCUGUUCUUUAGUCAAUUUGGAAAAACUAAGGAAAAAACUAGAACUAACUAAAAGAGUAUUCCCAGAUUUAAAGCCAAUUGAUCCCAUUCCGGAAAGGUUUUACAACAAACUCACGACUAAUAUAGUAGACAUAUUUGUAGGAACAGAUUGUUUCGAUCAGAUGUUGCGUCGUUUAGAACAAGUAGAUAAAAAAAGACUAACCUUAAUUUCCCAUAAAGGCAGUGGUUUUGAUAACAGGAUUGCAUUUAAAAGCGUCAAAAAACUUACACAAUGUCCACUAGUAAUAGAUGAAAAAAGAGUGAAAGGAGAGAUAAAAAUAUCUGAUAAAAAUAAAUAUUUACAAAACCUGUAUCACUUGUUCAUUUCAACAUCAAAGCACUAG